AUGCAUCCCGUAGAACCAGACAUAGACUCGACUAUUUUCGAACCUCAGCAUAUCUAUAGGCCCUCAAACUUUCAAAUAGGGGAAGCAUCACUUUGUAACUACCUACCCACACCGCCCAACAGCACACGGACUUCACUUGAGGAGUUACAGCAUCAACCAGCAUCCCCAUGCAAGGCUCAAACCCCUGCAAAAGUUGCAGUGCCUCCUCCCACAAAAGCAAUCUUACCACCUGACCAUCCAACCCCUCCACCAUCUCCAUCAAGUACAUCUCAGGAAACCUACCACUCUAUUUUGAGGUCCUUCAAGAACAUUGCAGAUGGCACAAUAACAAGGGUUGUCUUCCAAGAUGUUAUACCAGCCACAUACAACAUGGUGUUGGAGACAGCCACAAACAAUGGGGAUUGGGACGCUGUGAGAGUUGACUACAAUGAGGGCGUGCUCAUUGUACACUGCCCUAGCCUUGGGCAUGAAAUCCUGCCAGAACUGUUCGAUGUCAUGAGGCAUGCAGGAACAUCAUAUCCAAGGGAGUAUCAUGGCAGUAAAAUCACCCAGGGCGGAUCAUCAACCAUCACCCUAGAAGCUGGUUCAAAAUCACCUGAUUUCAGCCUGUAUGAAGUAAAAGAAAGUAGCAGGCAGGUGGAACAAGUGACAAAUGGCAUUCCUACCAUUGCCUUUGAAGUAGGACAUUGGGAGGGAGAAAGAAAACUGACUAUGGAUGCUGGCAGACUUAUAUGCCUGUCCAAAGGCAUGAUACAGUUGGUUGUCACCAUUGACAUUGAUCACGAGGUGGAGAAGCAAAACCACGGGAGACGGAAACUGAAAUCUGUUAUCUGGACCCAUUGGGAGAUGGAUGCAGAGUAUCCUCAGAUUGUUGGGAAGGGCGAUACCUAUGAGCUUAACAAGCUCCUUCCUGAAAGAGAUGGAAAAAUUAUAAAGGAUACAGAGACUGUCCAACCAGUACCCGAUGCCUACCGAGCAGUAGUGAGAUUUGCCAAGAUACCCCAUUGGGUCAGAGCCUACAAGUCAAAUACCUAUAAGGUAUCUAAGCCAGUUGUUUUCUGUAUACAAUCUGCUGACUUCAAUGGUCUGGAGCUAUUCCCAGAUCAAGGGAUCAGGUCUAUCCCAAUCCUGUAUGGUCAUCUGUUCCGUGACCCCCAGGAGAAAGACCUAAAGCGCCCAGCAUUUGUCUUCCAAACUGUGGACAUCAUGGCUACAAUCCAUAGCCAUGAGACUAUUCGUCGUGAAAUUGAUGGCAAAAACAAGAAGAUAGAUGAGGAUGUGGACUCCGUUGACCAGGAGCUACUUAAAAGGUUAAAAAAGCGUCGUUCUGACCAGUAA